AUGCCUUCCUCCGUUGGCAACCGCGGCGACGCCCACGUCAGGUCUGACGCCACCUCUCCCCCAGUCGUCAUCGCGAUGCCUGACGACGGCGGUCACCUCGGCGCCGAUGAGAAGGUCACCAAGACCACCUUUCUCGCCAAGUACACCAAGGGCCUGAACUACAGCCGCUACGUCAAUUUCCUCCUGUCUUGCAUGCUCGUCAUGGUUGGCGUCACUUGCAUUGUCCUGGCUGUUCGGGUCUGCAAGGACCAGGACACCAUCCAGAAGCUCAACCACGAGAUGGGCAGUGCGUCUCGUGCCCAUAGUGAGGCUCUUGAGGAGCAGCUUGGCGGUCGCAUGUCGUAUCUGGAUGGCUUCAGUGGCAUGACUGCUGACGAUGACGACACUGUCGCCAUCGCCGCUCGCGAUGUCAUGGCUUCCAAUGACCCAGCCGUCUCCGCUGUCCUCUCGACUUUCGUUUCAAUGGAUGCCCCGACUCUCCCGUCCAGCAUGGCCGAGAUCGCGUCCACCGAAACCACUUGCACCAGCAGCAGCACCGAGGCCGACGUCACUGUCAGCGUGCUCAAAACCACGACGAUCCUCCCUGCUGCGACCAGCAUUAAUGUCACUCAGGAGUCUACCGCAGCUUCCGACACGAUCCAGACUACCCUGCAUACCCAGAUGACCACUACCGUCCUUAGUAACACUAAUGGCACCAGUGUCCUCUCGGCUGCGGCGGUUGGUAUCACUGUCUCUUCUGCCGAUGCACUCAGUGGUGGCAUUUCGUCGUCCAUAAUCACUCUCCCUGCAGUUUCAAUCACCACGACAACAUCAGCCACCUGGUCCACACCCUCUGGUAUGGUUCCAGCCAACCCUCACCACUGCCUCGAGUUCGGCGAUGGUGCCGGUCCAUGUGACCGCCCGUAUGGUGCCCCCAACACCCCACCAAGCUCCCUAGGCACCAUCGUUGUCAGCAUCAACACCUUUACACUGCCACCGACGACUUUCGGGCCGCCCAGCGUCGAGACCGUCCCUGAGACAGCCUCCUCUUCUCCAGCCAGUGUGACCCCAUCCGCGAGCUCGGACACCGGCGCCUUGUCAGGCAGCACCACAACCACCGACAGCACCCUCAGCGCUAUGGAUGCCGGCACCGCAUCCGCCACGGCAAGCAUCACGAGCGUCUGCGGUCCUCCCACCACCAUCUAUGUCACGCUCGGCUCGUCAACGGACACGUCGACCUCGGAACCUGGCCUGACCGUCGCAUCCCUCAGCAUCGGCAACGGUACCGACGGUGGCAGCACCACGCCUUCAACUGUGACUAGCACAAGCACCAGCCUGGCAACAACCUACACGGUGAGCUUGGCGUCGGUGACGGAGACCAUCAGCAACUCGUCAGCCACGACUGGCCCGGUCCAUAUUACCACCACCGCCACAGGCAUCACUCUGACCAUGCAGGGCAACGGCACGUACAGCCCCACAUACACCAGCCCUACGACCAUCGCCACCUUGUCGACCAGCGGCGGAGGAAAGGUCGCUGGAAAGCCCAUGGGCGCCAGCGGUAACGGAGGUACUGGCAAUGGCCUCUACUGCGCCGUCAUGCUGGUUACCAUACUUGCGCUCUCGAUCUAG